UAGGCCUAAAGGCGAAAGCUUUCCCGUUUGGCGCUCGCUACUCUCUCUCUACUGUACUCGCUUUGAUUAAAGAGCUCGGGAGCACAGAGAACAGAGAAGAGGAAUGGAAGUACAGAACUCGAAGUCGAAGCUCACACGAACUCCUUCCUUGCUUCUACGUUCCCAGACCAUUCGCUCGGUUCAUAGCCUUCCCGCCCUCGAAGAGAUUAGUACCGACCCAGAGGAGGCGAAGCCUCAUUUAUCACCGCUCUCUUCCGCCACCUCUUCAAGUCUGCCGGGCUACUCCGGCCACUGCCUCGUCAUCCUCUACCUUGUCCUCUUACUCAUUCUCAUACUCUCCUUCAUUUACCUUCGAGAACCGUUCCCUUUCUUCUGGUUUCUCUCCAUCGCCUCUUCAGCCGUCGUCGUGGCGUUCAAAAGGUCCCGUCUUUCUCUCUUCCGCCGCCGCAAGUCUGUGAAAUGGUUCAUCGGCGACGAGGAGGGGGAUGUGGAGAACUCGAGUCCGAAAAAGGGGGAGAGCGCUGUGAGUGAAGGGAUUGUGUUUUACAGCAACGGGGAUUUCUAUGAAGGAGAAUUUCACGGAGGAAAGUGCAGUGGAAAUGGGGUUUACCAUUUCUUUGGGCUUGGGAGGUAUGAGGGCGAUUGGGUUAAUGGCGAGUAUGAUGGCUAUGGGAUCGAACGGUGGGCGAAGGGGAGCCGGUACUGCGGCCAGUACAGCCAUGGAGGGCGGCAUGGGUUUGGUUUUUAUCGCUUCUAUAAUGGUGAUAGCUAUGCCGGUGAGUGGGUGGCUGGGCAGAGCAAUGGCAGAGGUGUGCAGAGCUGCUCUGAUGGUAGCUGUUAUGUUGGGGAGUUCAAAUGCGGGGUGAAGCACGGAUUAGGGUUCUACCACUUUAGAAAUGGUGAUAAAUAUGCGGGGGAGUACUUCGGUGACAAGAUUCAUGGUUUUGGGGUUUACCAUUUUGCAAAUGGGCAAUGCUAUGAGGGUUCAUGGCAUGAAGGAAGAAGACAGGGCUUUGGAACCUAUACUUUUAGAUUAGGUGAAGCCAGAUCAGGAGAAUGGAACUGUGGAUCUCUGAAGAAUCCUCUGCCCUCCGCCGACACCAAUGUUCGACGAGCCGUGCAGUCCGCCAGAGAAGCUUCUGAGAAAGCGAUUCUCCUUCCCCGUGUCGAAGAACAAGUGAACAAGGCAGUCUCAAUGUCGCGUAGAUCAGCCACCGCUGCUCGAGUAGCAGCUAUCAAAACCGUGCAGAAUCAGAUGCGCGGACGAUGAAUGGAAAAUUUCACAAUGCAAAAGCUAUGAGAUGAAUGAUGUACAUAAUCAAUCUUCGAAAUGUAAAUUUUAACUAUGAUGUUUUAGGUCUUUUCAGCUUGUUAGUGAUCACAAGUGAAGGAAGUAGUUUAUUUUUUCUUUUUUUAAAAAAAUUAAAAUUUAGAAGAUAACAUUCCUGCCAUUA